AUGCGAUUACUCGAAGACGAAAUGGAUGCUGGCCUAUCACCCGCCACACAUAAAAAAGCUUGUGUUAAAAUGUUUCCUACUUAUGUACGAGAUACACCAGAUGGUAGUGAAAUUGGUCAAGUGUUAGCAUUGGAUCUAGGUGGUACCAAUUUUCGUGUGCUACUAAUCAAUUUACUUGGACAUGCACAAAUUACUUUAACAUCCAAAAUAUUUGUAAUACCACAAAGUAUUAUGCUUGGGGAAGGCAUGAAUUUAUUUCGUCAUUUAGCAGAUUGUCUGUUAGACUUUAUGAGGAAAGAAAAUUUAGUUAAAUCAAAUGUCCGUUAUCCAUUAGGCUUUACAUUCUCAUUUCCAUGCAAGCAAGAAGGUCUUGCAUCAGCUCGUUUGACGUCGUGGACGAAAGGUUUUAGUUGUCCUGGUGUCGUUAAUGAAGAUGUUGUUAAAAUGCUUCAACAAGCAUUGGAUGAAAAAAAUAUUAAUGUUCAGUGUGUGGCACUUGUUAAUGAUACAGUCGGGACAUUAAUGGCUUGUGCGUACAAAGAUCCUCAUACAGCAAUUGGCCUAAUUUUGGGUACCGGGACGAAUGCAUGUUAUAUGGAACAAUUAGAUAAAGUCGGUACGUGGGAUGGUGACUAUAACGAACCAAAACAAGUAAUUAUUAACAUGGAAUGGGGAGCGUUUGGUGAUAAUAAUAAGUUAAAUGAUAUACGAACGAAAUAUGAUGAAGAAGUCGAUUUAUCAAGUCUAAAUCCUGGAAAACAAUUAUUUGAAAAAAUGAUUAGUGGAAUGUAUAUGGGCGAAAUCGUUCGUUUGAUUAUCCUAGAUUUGAUGCAACGUGAAUUGUUAUUUUUGGGUCAUCGAGAAGGCUAUUCUGAUUACAAAGCACCUCUGUUUUCUCGAGGCGGUUUUUAUACAAAAUUUGUAUCUACUGUCGAGACAGAUGAAGGAAUUGGUUUUAGUAAUACACGUCGAGUUUUAGAAGAUAUUGGUAUUCUAAAUCCAACAUAUGACGAUUGUGCGAUUGUACAACAUAUCAGUCGACAUGUAUCAAAACGCGCCGCUCGAUUAGCUGGAGCCGGUUUGGCUGUUUUAAUAAAUCGAAUAAAUCGAUCGAAUGUCACAGUAGGGGUGGAUGGAUCGUUAUAUCGAUAUCAUCCACGUUUCAAGCGAAAUAUGGAGAAAUGUAUGCAAACACUUGUCAAUAAAAAUAUUAAGUUCAAACUCGCAUUAUCUGACGAUGGUAGUGGAAAAGGUGCUGCUUUAGUGGCAUCAGUUGCUGAUCGUUCUUCACGUCCAAAAACCGUGCUGAAUCAACAAAGCGAAUCCGAUGAACCCGGCACACCAAUCAAUUUUCAAAGAACAGUUUUUGAUAAGACGUAUUAA